UAGUUAUAGGUACCCAAAGAUAUUGAAAAUGGCUGCGCCCGAUGGAAACGGCACGAGUUUACUGUCUGCGUUAUACACUCGGGUCAUUGCCAAUACUGAGAACCCUGAAAACUAUUUAAGCUUGCAACAAGAAGCUGCAGAUGAAUUUAAACUGUUGACCAAGACUAUAUAUGACUUUACAAAGUGCAACGAGGCAUCUGUGAAUAAAGGCACCGAUGCUAGUGAAGCUCUUCCCGAGUUGAUCGUAGACAAUUUUGACGAUGAACAAGUCUGGCAGGAGGUCGAACUUCAGAACCAGGCACGCAUCAGCCGGCUGCUAAAAGAUGUUGCCAGAGUGCGUGCGAUACCUGGUGACCUGACCCUCGGUGUUGGUGGCAACGACAGUGAAACUCGCCCAUCUGCCACUCAUCUGACGUCGAGUGAGACAUUAGAGCCAGAUGACGAUGCUGACUCGGACAGUGCAUCAUCUGACAAUGGCAGCAAAGGUUCCAGCGUCGUGGACAAGCUUGAGCCACCGACAAAGCAGAGCAGCGGCCAAAUAGAAAGCGGCUCUGAUUCAGAGAUCGACUUUGACUUUGAUUUACUACGAGACGAUUUCGAGACCUCGGAAAAGGAUGCUGCGAGCGACGAUGGUGAGGCAGGCGCUUCUGAUCCGGGAUCAGAGGAGGAAGAGGAACCAGGCCUGCGUCCCAGCAAGCGGACAGGUCGAACAAUCGUCGAUGAUGCCUUCUUCAGUUUGGCAGAAAUGGAGGAAUUUCUCGAAGAGGAGGACCGAAAAGAGAUGAGAAGGUCACAGGGAGGGUCGGCUUCCAAAGAUGAUGACGAGGACGUAGACAUGUUCCAAGACAUUCCAUCCAGCGACGAUGAUGAGGAGAUAAAGCAAAGUACUAGAGACUUCAAAUAUAAUGACUUCUUUGCACCACCAUGUGGAAGUAUUGAGAGAGAAGAACAAGAAGAACUGAGAAGUCAUGAUGAAAGUGAUGGCCAAGAGCAAGAAAUGAAACAAAUUGAAGAGGAAGAAUCAAGUGAGGGUGAAUACGCGGAGGAAAUCAUGGGUGGAAAACGUAAAGACGAGGAGAAAUCAGCAUUUCAGAAACGCCAAGAUAGGAUCAAUGAGAGGAUAGCGAAGAUGGACGAGGUCAGACUCGCAGAGAAGCCGUGGCAGCUGGCGGGUGAAGUAACAGCAUCCAAGCGACCCGAGAACAGCUUGCUGCAGGAGCACGUUGAGUUUGACCAGACCGUUAAGCCAGCGCCGAUCGUAACGGAGGAGGUGACAAAGUCGCUGGAGGAGCUGAUCACGCAGCGCGUAAAGGACCAGGCGUGGGACGACGUCGAGCGGAGGAAGAAGGCGACGACCGAUGCGCAGGAGUACAAGAAGAAGGUCAUCCUUGACCAGGAGAAGAGCAAGCUCAGCCUCGGCGAGAUCUAUGAGCAGGAGUACAUCAAGAAGACGCAGGCUGAGAAAGAAGAAGUGGAAGAUCCAGAGCAUACCGCGAUCAAGAAGAUGAUGAAUGAUGUAUUCAGCAAACUAGAUGCUCUGUCAAACUACCAGUACAAUCCGAAGGCGCCUACGCCUGAGAUUAAAAUAAUAUCCAACCUACCGUCGAUUACAAUGGAGGAUGUAACACCAGCUGCAGUCAGCGAUGCCACCCUGCUAGCCCCAGAAGAAAUCAAGGAGAAAUCUGGGAAAGAAGUGAAAAACUCCUCAGAGAAGACGGUAACUGAUCGUAAGAGAGAACGCCGAGAGAAGAAGGCGCGUAAGCGCGCACGCCGCGUGGAGAAGGAGAAACGGGAGAAACUCGUAUCAAAGCUCCAACCAGGCCUUGGCAACAAGUUCUCUAAGGAUAAGGCACUCAAAGCACUAGCACAGGAGGGUGACAAGACCACCAUUGUAAAGGACACAGGCAGGAGAAAACAAGUUGAAUUCAAAUCUUCAAAGGCAUUCUUUAGUAAGCUGCAAGACGAAGUUACUUCUCAUGUAAUAGGUCACAAAGUGAAGAGCAAAAGUAAAGAAAAGAAGACGGUAUCUGCAAGUAAAUUAAAACUUUAGUACCUUUUAUUUGCUGAUAUUUAGUAACACACCAAGUAUGUUUUCCUAUUAAUAAUAUCAUGAACAUAUGUGUAAUAGUAUACAUGUUUAUUAUAAAUAUCAAUAGAAUUGCACUGGCAGACUGGUUAUACAAAAAGUUAGAAAUAUUGUAGUAAAUUAGUGGCUGAAAUUAAUAAAAAUACUAUAC